AUGGACCUCCAAAACAAGCUUGAUGAUUUGAAGAUCAAAUGUAGGGAUUCUUAUAAAUUGGCAAAGGAUAAUAUCGACGGUCUUAAAACCCAGCUAGAUGAUCUCUUUAAACAACUAGAUACCACUAAUAGUCCAGCCAAGGAUGUUUUAAACAUACUGCAGAAGAUCACCGACUUACAAGAGCUGGAUGUGAAAAUAAACACAGAGAAAGAUGGCACAAAGACCGCAAGGCUUGAAGAGCGCCAGAGGGAAGCAGAAAAAGACUUAACGGAAAUGAAGAAAGAGUUUUCAAGAAGUGUUGACAUUUUCAAGCGGGCAGGUUUAAAGAUGAGCGCUGAGCCUUUAAAAAGCGAUAAGGCAACAUCAUCCCUUCUCACAGAAUUAAAGAAGUACCUUGAAGACAAGAUCAAGCAACCAGGUGAACAAGAUGGACUAUCAAAGCAGGUGCUGCAGAUUGUUACAAUGCAGAUUGAAGUGAUGGAGCUCAUGACCCGUGCCUCUCAAAUAUACAAGACACAAGUACAGAUCGAUGCAAAUACGAACAAACUUCAGCACAUAAACAGCCUCCUGACAGACCUGAAAGAGCAGAGAGAAGUGGCAAUGGCAUAUGAUGUAGCAAAAUUUGAUAAAAAGAUUGCUACAGUGAAGAAAGAACAUUUAAAAUUGAAUGAUGAGCUGUCAGCUCUUCAACAAACACUUCGACAACUUAAUGGACAGAAAAAUGAAGCUGAUGCAAGAAAAAAAGAAAUGAUGGACAAAAUUGCCAAAUUAAAGGAUCAGCUGGUUUCUAGAAUUCUUACGCUGCAGUUUGAAUUCAUGGAGGCAGUAAUAAAAGCACAGGGACAAAUGAAUGCACACGAAAUUCAAAUAAAUGAUCUCCAGAGAGACCUUGUAAAGGAACAGGACAAAAACAUUUAUCUCCAUGAUACCAAUGACUAUUUACGCCAACAGGUGAUUGAUCGGGAGGAGGAAUGUGCAGACAUGACGGUGAUGUACACGGAAAAGGAGGUUGAACUGAAGAAUAAAGUAAAUGAGAUGUCAGAAUCGACUUCAAAGAAAGCACUCCAGAUUAUUUUGCUUGGCUUUGAAAUAGACCAGACAGAGAAACAAAUUAAGGGAUUUUCUUUAAAUAAUGAUGCUUUGAAAGAAAAACUGGAUGAAAAAAUCAAAGAGGUAAAGAAGAAGAAGGAGGAGUUUAAGAAAAUGCAAGGCGGCUCUGACAAAGUCCUACAGGUGAUAACACAUAUGGAGAAAAUCUGGACGCUACAGAGUAACAACGCAGAUGACUUGGAUAAAAUCAGCGAUUUACAGAAGACUCUGCUUAACACGAUUGCAGAAUUAGAUGACAAUGAUCCUACAAAACCGAUGUUGAAAAUCUUGGCUUAUCAGUCUGAUGCAACCUGGAUACGGGAAAUGCUGAAAACUGUGACUAAACAGGCUGAGAUUCAGAAAACUGCGCUUCAACGAGAACUCAAUAACAAGGAGAAUAUGUUGAAUGAGAAAAACAAAGAACUGGCCGCUGGAACCAGUAACAUCAAUCAGCUUCGAAAAGAAAUAGCUGCUUUGAAGAACGAAAUCUCGACACUGAAAGUUCAGAUGGAUGAGGCAGAAAAGGCUUCAAAGCGGAAGAUAGGAGAUCUUGAAAAAAGACUAAAACAGAGUGUUGAGGAACAGAAUGCCGCAACGAAAAAACUGAAUGAGAAGGACGCUACAAUAGCACAGCAAUUUCAGAAGAUAAACAAUCUAAUGGGUGACAUGAAUGUCAUGAAACAGCAAAUGCAGGAAUCAGAAGUACUAGUCAAGUCCAGAAUAGCUGGACUAGAAGACGAUCUAAUGAAGAAAAAGCAGGAAAAUGACAAAAUCCGUGAAGAGAAUAAAAAGUUGAAGCAAGAUCUCACAAAGACUGGAGAAUGCCCCGAACUCAAAGAGAAACAAAAGAAAAUCCAGGCUGAAUAUGAUGCUACAGUUUCUAAAUUGAACAGUACCAUCCUUCAGAAAGUUUUAUACAUUAAAGCUUUAAUUGAAGAAGUGGAGUUUCUGGACAAGAAACUUGAAGAAGGAGGUUCAGGCAGUGAUGAUCUGAUAAAUGAACUGGAAUUAAAGAAAAAACAACUGAAGGAGGCAGAACGGAAAUUAAAAGCAAAUGGAGAAGUUUCAGCCAAAACUGUAAACGUCCUUCAGCUACUAACUGAGAUAUGGAAACUCCAAGAGAACCCAACUAUAAAGAAUUUAGCAAAGAUCAAAGAUCUGGAACAAGAACUGAAUGAUCUGUUGUCAGAGUUGAAAACCUCUGGAGAGAAAGGGCUUGAUCUGGCCUUGAAGACGAUCUCUAUAAAGGAAUCAAUGGCCAGACUGCAAAAGGCACAAACUAAAAUGCAAGAGGAAUACAAUGUAGAAAUCAAUGAUUUACAGGAGGAAAUAAAAGACAAGGAUAAAGAAAUUAAGAUGUUGAAAUCCAAGUGUGAAAUGUCAGCACAGCUAAUGGAAAAUAUAAAGAAACUAGAGGCGGAAGCUAGUGAAAGCAAGAACAAAUUGAAAAAGCUGCAAGAAGAGUCGGAAAAGAAGAUAGCAUCACUGAGGGAUCAGCUUAAAACCAAGAGAGAGCAACUUACGGACGCUGAAGAUAGACUAGAAGAGACAAGCUCUGACAAUGCUGCCUUGCUCAAGAAGCUGAACAAUCUAAAUGAAGACUUAAAAAGGGUCACAGAAGAGAAAAAUGAUGCUCUAAAGAAAGCACGGCAAGAAAUCACUGAAUUAAAAGAGCUAACAGGAGAACAAAUAAAGGAGCUUUUUAAGCAGGGAUUGAAACUGACAGAGAAAGAUAAUACCAUUAAUUCAUUGCAAAGGCAGCUUGGAAAUUCAAAGAAUGAGUUUGAGAAAGAGAAGGAAAAAAACAGAGAUCUUGAGACAGAACUAAAAACCAAGGAGAAGAAACUUGCAAACACUGAAGACAGACUGAAAGAGACCAAGGCUGAAAAUGAUGCUUUGAAACUGAAGCAGAAGCAACUGAACGAAGACUUGGACAAAAUGACAGAAGAGAAAAAUAACUUGCAACAGAAAACAAAGAAGCAAAUUUCUGAGUUAAAUGAGAAAUUAAAAAGACGGGAAGAAGAACUUGCUGAGACAGGCCAGAUACUCAAGGAAAAGGAUGAAAGCAUUUCUACAUUGCAAAAAGAAAAUAAAAAAUCUAAGGCUGAACUCGAAAAAGAGAAAGACAAAUACAACAAUGUAAUCAAUGAGAACGAGAAACUUCAAAAAGCACUAACUGAAGCUAAUAAAGUAAUAGAGAAAAUUGAGGAAAAACCCAAAAUUGAAUGGCCGAGGUUAGACCGCAACACUGCACACCCCAGACUCGUCCUGUCAGAUGAUGAAAGAGAGGCACGGACCUCCUAUCUGCCUCAGUCCGUACCCAACAUCCGUGAACGCUAUGACACGGCCAUUGCAGCACUGGGAAAAACUGGAUUUGACUCCGGAAAGCAUUACUGGGAAGUAGGGGUGGCUGGAAGAAAAUGUUAUAUUGUUGGCAUGGCCAGGGCAUCUGCUCAGAGAAAGGGUAAAUUAACAUAUGGCCCUCGGGGUGGCUAUUGGGUUAUUCUCAAGAAAAGAGAUGGUACACACGUUGCCAUUGCAGAUAAAGAAGUUACACUUCAGAUGAAGGAAUCACCAUCUAGUAUUGGGGUCUUGGUGGACUUUAAAAAGAAAGAGAUAACCAUUUAUAAUGUAGACAAGAAGCUUUCCGUCUUUACGUUUACAGGCAAUGAGAAUCUGGGAACGCUCUAUCCAUACAUUGAAACAUGCAGCGACUCUUUCAAUGACCCUCCUAUAAUCUUUAAGGGACCUCAAUCCACUGACUGGAUUUUGCAGUGAUCUCUUAUCUCUACUCUGUGAAUGCAUAGAAAAUGCAUUUCUCUACUUUGAUAUUUUAUUUUGUGACUACUCAUUGCUUGCUUGAAUGUCUUUGCAUAUUAUAAAUGAGCCAGGUUUCAGCAUUUCAAAUAAAAACGGAUAACGUAUCAAAAGAAUGUUUGUGAAGUAUUGUCAUCUCAAAGGAAUAGUUUGAAAAUUAUGGGCUAAUUUUUUAUU